AUGGCCAACAACCAAGACAUCGUCGAGCAGCCGGCCGGAGCCAAUCCUACCCUUGCUAUCACCGAUCCGGAAAAGAUUCAGGAAAAGUCGAGCUUUGAAGACAAUGCCUCCAAAGACUCCAAGCCAAAGGAGGGCGUCGUAGGCGAUGCGCCAGCCGGCGAAGACGACAACAUCUUCGGUGGCGGCAAGACAUACCGCACCAUGGGCCUGUGGGAUACCAUGCUUGUCCUUGCUACCAACCAGGUCGGACUCGGUAUCCUCACUCUUCCCGCCAUUCUCAAGACGCUCGGCCUGAUCCCUGGCAUCAUUGCCAUUGUCGGCUUGGGUAUCGUGUCCUGGUAUACCGCAUACGAGCUUCUGCAGUUCUACCGCGCCCACCCUCAUGUCGUCAACAUGGCCGACAUGGCCGGCGUCGUCGGUGGCCGUCCGCUCGAGAUCAUCUUCGGCCUCGCUUUGCUCUUCAAGGUCAUGAUGACCUGUGGUUCCGCCACUGUCACGCUCUCCAUCGCCUUCAACACCCUGUCCAACCACUCGACUUGCACCGUCGCCUUUGCCGCCGUGGGUGCCCUGUCCUGUUGGGUUCUGUGCCUUCCACGCACAUUCAAGUUCGUGGCUCAGGCGGGCUUGCCUUGCACGAUUAGUAUCAUCGUCGCUGUAUUCAUCGUCAUCAUUAGUCUUGCCGUGGCGGGUCAUCCUCGCGGCGAGGUCUAUGGUUUCGCCAAGGAGCUGGUCAUGGUCGGAAACCCAAGCUUCCGCGAGGGCGUCACGGCCUGCCUCAAAGUGUGCUAUGCGUAUGCUGGCAAUGUCGGCUUCGUCUCGUAUAUGGCCGAGAUGAAGAACCCCUCGCGCGACUUUCCCAAGGCCCUUACCAUCCUGCAGGUCUUUUCUGUCAUCUUGUACCUCAUCACCGCCGUCACCAUCUACUGCCUCUCUGGUCAGGCAGUACGCUCGCCGGCACUUGGCUCAGCACCAGACAUUCCGGCCAAGGUCGCCUAUGCCAUUGCGCUUCCUGCUAUCCUGUCCACGGGCAUGGUCUUUGGCCACACUGCCAUCAAGUACCUGUACGUGGUCGUUCUCCGAGCCACCAACACAACCCACCGCGCCACCGAAAACUCCGUACGCUCCUGGGGUCUCUGGGUUGGAAGCGCCACUGUGUUUUGGAUCCUGGCGUUUGUCCUCGCCAGUGCCAUUCCCAUUUUUGACUCCAUUCUGUCCAUUUCAUCGGCAACAUUUGUGGCCUGGUUCACGUUUGGCGUCAGCGGCGUCUUCUGGUACCAUCGCAACUGGGAGGAAAAGUUUGCUCCCAAGAACAUUCCCCUGGCCAUUGUCAAUGCUCUCAUCAUUCUCCAGACGCUAUUCAUGAAUGGUGUCGGCAUGUGGGCGUCUGUCGAGGGUCUGCUUGAGGUUUAUCGCACGCCCGGCAAACUCGAGGGCUCCUUUACUUGUGCCGAUAACUCUAUCUUCUAG